UUUCGAACUGUAAGCACAACAGAUCCUCAACAAUCAAAAACUCAAUCAAUAUGUUCAAAUUCGCAGCUGUUAUUUUUGCCAUCAUCGCCUGUGUUGCUGCCAAGCCUGGACUCCUCCUUGGCCAACCAUUGGCAUAUUCCGCUCCAGUUGUGGCUGCUGCUCCAGCUGCAGUUGUGGCUGCUCCUGCUCCAUAUGUGACUGCGACAAGUAGCCAAGUGAUUGCCCGCAACUACAAUGGUAUUGCCACUGCUCCUGUGAUUGCUCCAGUUGCUGCUCCAGUUGCUGCUCCAGUCGUCGCCAAGUAUGCUGCUGCUCCAUUGGCCGCUUCUCUGGCUUACAGCUCACCUCUGGCUUACAGUGCUCCACUGACUUACAGUGCUCCACUGACUUAUGCGGCGCCAGCACCACUCUUGUUCUAAUUUAAUAAACUGUGAUCGUUAAUAAAACUGAUGAGCAAUAA